AAUAUUUGCUUAUCAUAAAUAAUAAGUUCACAGUGUAAAUCAAUUGCUCUCAAUCAAAUGAACGUCAAUUUCUUAAAGAUUUCAUUAGUGGCGCACCGGGUUCAUCUGGCGCUCGUUUGGCUGCUUGGCUACAACCGGAAUCACGCCUCGAUCCGAAUAAAUGCGAAUUGAACACAAUAACCGAACCUUUGCGUUAUGGCUGGCCAACUCAGAUUACUGUGACUAUACGCGAUCAAUAUGGUGAUGCUGUGCUGGUGCCCGAAUUAAAGGUCGAAAUCAAAGCAAUACCGACUGGCGCUUCUGGCAACGGCAACAUCAAAAUGAGACGCGGCUCAUGUACGGACAACACUUCGUAUGGUGGUGUUCCACCGCCACCGCGCCUAAACUACGAACCAACAAUUAAAGAGAAAAUGUGCUUUAAAGCCAUUACAUUCAUGAAACCUUACGGCAAUUAUUCGUUUGAAGAAUUACGCUUCAGCAGCCCCAUACAGACGCGCGUCACUGAGACGCUGUAUGCCCAAGACAUGGAAGAUGGCACAUUUAGCGUACACUGGACGCCUAACUCGGUUGGCAGCUAUUGUCUUACCGUCACCAUUGAUGGUAUUCUGCUGGAAGAAGUAUAUCGGGUGGAGGUGAAGGAAGGCGGUUUGCCGCCACCUUCGCAUAAUCAAGCGCUGAAGAAACCGCAACCACCAAAUAAGUUGCGGAAAUUUUUCACUAAGAAUACGGCUGGCUUGCGAAUACGCUCACAUCCCACAUUGCAGUCCGAACAAGUGGGCAUUAUCAAGUUGAAUGGCGUCAUUUCGUUCAUCGAUGAGAUUGAGAACGAUGAUGGUGUAUGGUUGCGGCUUUCAACCGAGUCGAUACGUCAACAUUGCACUAUGGGCUGGUAUCCGACUGAAGCAUGGUGUUUGCAAUAUAAUCAGCACUUUGGCAGGACAUUGCUGCAUCCAGUCUCUGAGGCGAGUUCGAAUAGUGCGGGAGCAAAUGCGGCGGCAACUACUACUACAGCCCCUACCACUACUGGCACAGAUGUGUCGGUAGGUGUUGGUACUUCCACCGCAAUGCAGGUUGGUGGCAGCGGGGGCGGAAAGUCGCUGUCUAAGCCGCGCACCAAAGUUUUGCUAGACAAUGCUGAGUCGCCCGUUUCGCCGGUACCAAUCGAAUCACCAUCAAAGUCGAAAUCCACGUCACCCUGCAAGAAGAUCUUCGACUUCUCACAUGGCCGCUUUACGCCACCGAAGUCUUCGGAUAUUUCACACGCCUCAACAAAUCCAUUUCUGUUUCCGAGUGUUGAAAAAUCUGAAUCGGAGGACAGUGAAAUACAAAAAGUGUUUGAUAUGCAAUCUUCGACACAGACGAGCACCACCUCAUCGUCGUCCCAACAGCAGCAGCAGCAACAAGCACAACAACAGCAAGCCGAUCUCUUGUCUUUACACUCAUUACAAAACACAAGUCCGUCACAGAUCGGGUCGGCCAUUGCCGGUGUUGUUGGCGGUGGCGCCAUUAAACUGCAAGCGUUACAAAAAUGGUUUAAAGGUGAUGCGUUGGAGGGCGCAGGCUCUGGGGCUGCUGGUGGCGGACCACCCUCACCAGCUAAAGAACAUCAGCGCAAACGUUCAGAUGCCGCAGAAGGCUUGUCAUCGGUAUCGGUGCGGGAGCUAGUGCGUGUAAUGGGCGGACAGCAGGAUACGCGUUGUAAUGGUAAUACUACGCAUGCGCCACAAAGUUCUAGUCCUGUUCAAAUACCAGCCGCUAGCGGUAAGGGUUCAACAGAUUCGAUAAGCGUAAGCAUAAAAUCUACGGAGGCAUCAGAAACUUCGGGUCUAUUCAGUUCGCUUACGCAAGAUUCAAGUCACUCACAGAAGAACACGAAAGAGGAAGAAGCUUUGCAGCCAGAAAAUUCUACACCUACUUUUGAUAUAUCUACGAUUCGGGUCACCAGCUUCACGCCAUCGCAAACAGCAGCUUUACUUUCCACACCAAAGCAUUCGCCUCGAAAAUUAGUGACCAGUUUACGUCGCAAUACAUCACCUUCCAAUCGCACUGUUGAGGCUACUGCAGCGCAUAAGGAACCAGAUUUGGCGCAACUUGAAGAUGAUAUGAGCAUGUUGCAGAUUACCACGACUACCAAUGGUGGUGGCGUGACCACGCAGGAUCAGAUCUUAUUUGGUGAAAUGAAGACAGCCAGCACAACCGCAAGUACGGACGACUCGAGCCCGCCCGUCUGGCCACCACCGUUAAAUCAGAAUAACGCUUCACUUAAUGCAGCGACUUCCGCAUCCAAACCGUCGCCCAAUAAGCGCAGUGCCAUUGGGCCCAUCAAGCGUGCCAUGCCACCAUCGUUGGCCGAAAGCAUACGCGCGGUAUUUGCUGCUUUCCUCUGGCAUGAAGGACUCGUACACGACGCUAUGGCUUGCGCUAGCUUCUUGAAAUUCCAUCCAACACUACCCAAAGAGGGCGCAACAGUUGUGACCAGGCGCGAUUCGAAGGACAGUCGUCUGCAGUUGUCACGCGAGCAAAAAGCACAACAGCGCCAUUCUGUGGAGGUGGCUAAUGCGGGUACGUACUUGAACAUCAGACCAUCCACGCUGGAGACACUUACGAAGAGUGGAAAUUCGUCGGUGAACAACCGAAAGCAUCGGAAAAAUUUAGCAGCCGCCUCCGGUGCUGGUAGUGGCGGCGAGGAAUUAGAGAGUGGUGAGAAGCAGAAGUUGCACACGCUGUCCGAAGUGGUGACUGUGCUGCCGCCUGCGCUGCGUUGUCUCGUCUACCUAUGGGAGCAGGUGUGCACCAACUGCGUGCAAGUGAUGCAAUCGAAUAUAGUGGAGCGCGAGAAGGCAAGCGGUGGCACACCGACACGGGAGCCGAGCGCCGAAGCCAAGGAAAAGCAAGAGUCGAACGAUAGAGACAUGGUGAAGAAAUCGCGACGUAAGAAAAAGGACGAUGGUUCAUGGUGUGAGGUGUGUGAAGUAUUUUUGCCGAUACCCGUGACGUACCACAUGCGUAUCGUACAUCCGGGUUGUGGCAAAUCCGCAAAGGGCAAAGGUUACAAUUCGGUGGGGAUUUUCUGCGAAGGCUGGGCCGGCAAUUGUGGGGAAGGUGGUAAAGGUGCAUCCAGCUGGUUUCUGAUGUGCGACGAAUGCAGAGAGAAAUAUAUAGCAGCGAAUAAGAAUGUAGACAACGUAAAUAGCGUACCGGGAGUGACACUUACGGCGAAUGAAAUGAAUUUAUUUGGCGUAAAAACUACUACACUCAUCGCGAAUUCCGAAAUUUAUACAACCAUGCGUGAGAAUGCCACUUUCUUGUUGGAGCUCUCUUCAAGCGCAUCCACUUUGAAUGCCACAGGCAACAGUGCUGCUGCUGGCAUGAAUUCACUAAAUUUGGGCGCAUCCAAUAAACGGUCGCCGCAACAAAUGCCCGUUGUGAUUGAACACCAACACUUCAAUAUGACCGAUUUAAAUAAGCCGAGCACUAGUCGUGGCGAUUCGGCGCGGAAUAGUCGUAUUGGUUUGCGUAUGAGUGGGAAAUUCGGCAGUAAGUAUUGGGCU